CUUGGUAGCUGGCUUCCUAGCAAACACACAUCUAAAGAUAGUUCAAGCAACUCCUAUAUUUAUGGAUGUUGUCAUUUCUGCAUUAGUGAGUGACAUCAUUAGCCGAUUCAUGUCAUUCCUUAUCAGUAAGUAUGGACACAACUCAUGUUUGAAGAACAAACUUGAGAGACUGCAACAUCUUCUUCUAAGGGUUCAUAUGGUUGUUGAGGAGGCAGAAGGACGAUACAUUACAAAUGCAGGGAUGCUGAUGCAACUCAAGAUGCUUACAGAGGCUAUGUAUAAAGGCUACCAUGUCUUUGACACUUACGGUCCCUUAGAGCUUAUUAAAGAAGCAGGGGAGGUGAGUGACUCAUAUGCCCUGGAUUUCCAUUAUGUAAGACGCUUUCAUCUAUCUGGUGGCACAAUUGUUAGCAGGGAGGUGAAGAGUUCAUUAGAAAAUUUAGAAACCGUUCUUGAUAACCUAAAGGAAUUUGUUUCACUCCUAAAUGGAUGCGAACGGAUAUUCCGCAAUCCAUAUAGUACCUAUCUUUACAUUGACAACUUCAUGUUUGGACGUCAGGUCGAAAGGCAACAAAUCAUGAGCAUAUUGAUGCUAGAUGAUCAUCCUAAGAUCCCAGCUGUGCUGCCUAUAAUUGGUGGUUGUAGAGUAGGUAAGAAGACACUAGUUUGGAGUGUUUGUAGUGAUGAGAGGAUCCGCUCUCACUUUUCUACCAUUCUGCAUUUCGGUGGCGAUGAUAUUAAGAAAUUUGAUGAACGCAAGGUUAUGCCUCUCAAGACAUUAAUUACUGUUGAAUUUAUUUCAGACAUAAGUGACUGUGAAUGGUUGAAUUUUUAUUCUUUAGUAGCCUCCUCUGGUAACGGAAGCAAGGUUAUAAUCAUAAGUAGGCUUGAGAAACUAGCAAGGUUUGGGACAGUAAACCCCAUUGAACUUAGGAACUUUUCACAUGAGGAGUACAGCUACCUUUUCAACGUUCUCGCAUUUGGAAGCUCGAACCCAUUGGAUCACCCCCGGUUAGCGAUAAUAGGGAAGGAAAUAGCAAGAACAUUGCAGGGGUCACUUGUCGCCAUAAACAUAUAUGCUAAUGUUCUGAGGAAUAAUUUCAGUGUUCCAUUUUGGAUCCGUGUGCUGAACCUAUACAGAGGGAUGAUGGAGAGCAACUUGUCCUUGUAUGGUGAACACCCUAAAUCUCUACUUCAGAAAGAUGGAACUAUUAUAGAUAUAACUGCAUUUUGCCCGUCAUUGGCUACAAACUCACUUCGAAUCACACUGCUAACUGGUGAAAAAUUCAAGUAUGAUAACAAAAGGGAAUUACCCGUCAUGGGAUUCGGCGAUAUAAUAGCGGGCUCCGUAACCAUGCCAAUGAAGUUUCAGUUAGUUUGGGAAUCACGGUUAGCCCCUUAUACUGUUAUUUCUGCAACUUGUGGUGCAGAGGAGCUUCUGUCAACAACCUCAACAAGGAAGAAACGGAAGAUUGUGUGUACUUCCUGAGUUGUUAAAUUUUCUAGACAAUAUGCUAGCAAUUUGAGUGUACAUCAAAUGUAUAAAUUUCUACAUUAACUAGGUAUAUUUAAAACUUGUAAAUGUUGCAUGUGCUGUUGUUUGCAUGUUUUA